GUGUGUUACUAGACAUCCAGCAGCACUUUGGAGUCAAAGACAGUGGGGCUGGCUUAUUACAGACAGUUUUCAUCUGUAGUUUCAUGGUUGCAGCGCCUAUCUUUGGUUACCUUGGUGACCGUUUCAACAGAAAGAUCAUUCUCAGCUGUGGGAUCUUCUUUUGGUCAGCUGUCACUUUUUCAAGCUCCUUCAUCACUGAACAGUAUUUCUGGCUUCUUGUGCUCUCACGAGGUUUGGUUGGCAUCGGUGAAGCAAGUUACUCCACUAUUGCACCAACCAUCAUAGGAGACCUUUUCACCAAAAACACAAGGACCCUUAUGCUGUCUGUUUUCUACUUUGCAAUUCCUCUUGGCAGUGGCUUGGGAUACAUCACUGGGUCAAGUGUGAAGCAGGUUGCUGGAGACUGGCACUGGGCGUUGCGGGUAUCUCCACUCCUGGGAAUGAUAACAGGGACACUCAUCUUGAUAUUUGUACCUGCUGCUAAAAGAGGAAAUGUUGAACAACUUGGGGGACAGCUGAAGGCUCGGACCUCAUGGCUGAGAGACAUGAAAGCACUGAUUAGAAACCGCAGCUACGUGUUCUCAUCGUUGGCCACCUCAGCUGUCUCCUUUGCCACAGGGGCGCUUGGCAUGUGGAUCCCGCUCUACCUUCACAGAGCACAGGUCGUGCAGAAGACAGCAGAGACCUGCAGUUCACAGCCCUGCAGCACCAAAGAUAGCUUGAUCUUCGGAGCAAUCACAUGCUUCACUGGUUUCCUGGGUGUAAUCACAGGGGCUGGGGCAACCAAAUGGUGUCGGUUAAAAACCCAGCGAGCUGAUCCUCUUGUCUGUGCUGUUGGCAUGCUAGGAUCGGCCAUAUUCAUCUGUCUGAUCUUCGUUGCUGCCAAGAGCAGCAUUGUGGGAGCCUAUAUUUGCAUUUUUAUCGGAGAAACUCUUCUGUUUUCAAACUGGGCUAUCACAGCAGACAUACUAAUGUACGUGGUCAUUCCAACGCGCCGUGCAACCGCAGUGGCCUUGCAGAGUUUCACUUCACACCUCCUGGGAGAUGCUGGCAGUCCUUAUCUGAUUGGAUUUAUCUCAGACCUGAUACGACAAAGCACAAAGGAGUCCCCAGUCUGGGAGUUCCUCAGCUUGGGGUACGCACUCAUGCUCUGCCCGUUUGUCGUUGUCCUAGGAGGGAUGUUUUUCCUGGCCACAGCCCUCUUCUUCCUAAGUGACCGAGCCAAAGCUGAACAACAUAAAGAAACCGAUUCGGACCACCUCACGGUUGGCAACUACAGUAAUUCAGAAGACGCUUCCACAUGA